AUGUUCGAACUUCUCAAGCUGGUAUUGAUGAUCUGUGAUGAUCUGUGGGACAUCAGAGAUGAUCAGGUGGUCUGCAGGCAGCUGGGUUGUGGAGCAGCAUUGAGUGUUGAUGGGAAUGAAGCGUUUGGUGCUGGUGAAGGUGUUGUGUGGAUGAACAGAGUCGAGUGCAGAGGGACUGAGAUUCACCUGUGGGACUGUCCUCAUGUCCUGAAAAAUCACACUGACUGCUCACACAAAGAACAAGUUAGACUCAUCUGUGCAAACUCUUCAGUGUCUACAACUCCUGCCACAACAACAACAACAACAACAUCAGCUUCUCCUUCAGUUUCUCAGACAAACAGGAGAUCAGUGACUCCUCCACAAACUCCUCCUCUCUUCAAUCCUCCAGUGGUUGUGAUUGUACUGGGAGUUUUGCUCUUACUGCUCUUAGUGCCGCUGCUGAUACUGAUUCAACAAAACAGAAAGAUGAGGAGAGGUAUCCCAUAUAAACAUACAGCUCUCUCUAAGAUGAGACGCAGGACUCAGAUUGAUGAUAUUUAUGAAGAGAUUGAUCACAGACACACAAACACACACAAACACUUCACUCAGGGUGACAUAGAGGCUAAAGCGGAUACACAAGAGGAUCGUGAUGAUAUCACUGAUGGACUUGAUUAUGAGACCGCUGAGAGCUAUGAUGACGGUGCAACCAUGAGAGCAGAGGAAACAUUGGAGAAUUACGAUGAUGUCAUCACUUGUGAAGAAAGUGGAGGAGCUGUAAGAGUGUUUGGGGAAGAGGAGUCAUUUACAACAGUGGAGAGUGUGUAAUCUUCCUACAGUUACUUUUACAGCAUUUGCAAUUUAGUUAUGUUUAAUUUUGAAUAGUGAUGUUUUUAAUAAAACAUAAAUUGCUUGUGUCUUUUUUGCUGCCAACUAUUGAUGUCCUAUUGUGUCUCUUGGCACAUGGGUAUUAUUUAGUUCAUGCUGCCCUGUUUUGGUAAUCUUCCAAUAUGAUUCUUGGCUCCUGAAUAUGAAUUAUGUUAUGCUACCCUUGCCUGGUAACCUUUCAAUGCCAAGAGCUGGGUUCAUUAAUAUUUAGAGCCAUGCCUUCAUAUUUUAAACGUCCACUGACUGUCACCUGGAUGAUGUAUUGGUGCUGAAUUCUGUCCGUCGCUGUCCAUGGUGCUGAAGACAAAACAUAAACUUUGAAUGAACUUGAUACAGAAUAUGUUUGCCCGGAAUCUUAAAUAAGAUAUAUACUUAAAUAUAUCUGUCACAUAGGUCAAGAUUUACACAAAUUUACAUAAUAAAACAGAUUCAUUUAGUUUAUUUCAUUUAAAUGUAUCCAUAUCGCCACUUAAUCUUCAUUAUUUGUUACUCUACAGAGACAAAACAAUAAAGUAAAUAAAGUCAGAUCAUUUUAAAUCUAAUGCAUCAUCUGCUAAAUAUAAAUAAACCCAUAUUAUCAUAAUAUUUUGUUUGUACGAGUGUCGUUACAUCUUGUACAUCACAUAGUAUCAGCUUGCCUAGUCUAGCCUAUGUACAGUAUUUUUAAUUCUGCUAAUGCAGUAUCAAUGGUUUAUUAGAAACGUUUUUAAAAUAUUCUUCCAAACACACAGUUUUAUUAUAAAUUAUUUAAUACCAUGAAGUUUUUCAUAUGCAUAGUUUUUUUUUACAUUUUUUCCAAUGCUGCCAUCUUCUGGAAUUAACCAGUAUUACAGUACUAAAAAGGGACUUUUUAAAGAUAAAUAUUUGGUGUCCCCAGUGUACAUAUGUGAAGUUUUAGCUUUAAAUACCAUAUAGAUAAUUUAUUAUAUCGUAUUAAAAUUGCCAUUUUGUAGGUGUACGCAAAAAUGUGCCGUUAUUGGGUGUGUCCUUUAAAAUGCAAAUGAUUUUUCAACAAUAAUGGUGGUUUGUUGAAAUUGAAACUGAAUUGUGCUGUCAAUUAUUUUUUUCCUCGCUGUCUUUCUCUCUGCACUAAACAGCAGUGCCAUGGUUGGAUAGUGCAGAUUAAGGGGCGCUAUUAUUAUAAUAUGAUCCCCUUCUGACAUCACAAGGGGAGCCAAAUUUCAAUAAGGUUUUUUUCAUUUUUUCUAGGUUGAUAGAAGCACUGGGGACCCAAUUAUAGCAUUUAAACAUGAAAAAUCAUGAUAUGUCCCCUUUAAUGUGUCCAUGAUCCCAGUUUAGCACACCUUUCGCUGGCACUGCAAUUGAAGAACCUCAUAGCAUAAUUGCCUAAGUCAUUUAUUUGGCCAAAUUGUGAUAUCUGCCUACUUUUACUGUCCUUCCACUGCUGGAUCAUCCUGCCUUUCUGCCUAUGUCCUUAGCCAAGCACAAUACUUUUUAGAAUCCAAAAACACUAUCUGCCUUACCAUAACAAUGUGAUUUCUAAUUUUAAAUAUUGUGUUUUUUCGUGUUUUCCAAAAACAUUGAAAUAUGACUUAGGCAAUUAUGCUAUGAGGCUAACGAUAUAUAUGAUUUAGUGUUUUUAUUAUUUUUCAUUUGUAUACUGUUACCUUGCUAAAAUUACAGAUUGAUAGUCAAUUAUCAGUGACUGUAUAGGUGUUUUUGCUGUAGUGUCAUGUAUCUACCUUAUUUCUUAGACUUUAUCAAAUCCUUUAUCAAGCUGUCUUGUACUGUACGUACAAAUACUUAUUAUUUCAAAGCCUUAUUGUAACUUCCAAUAAAACUUAAGUCUCACUGUCAGAGAAAAACUUUGAUCAUCCGAGGUUGUGAAUGUUGAGCUGGGCUGAAGGUUUUCUGUACAGGUGUUGGGAGCAGAUGGUUUUAGCAAGACAGGAUGAUGAAGGUCACAGAGGAUAUUCAGUGUAGAGGCAACAUAUCCCUGAAUUACCUCAGUCCAACAUCACACAAAACUCUGGAGAUAAAAACAUGGAAACUGUUUCCAUGACAACAAAGUUGGACUACAAUGUUCAGGUCUAUCAAUAUGUAACCUCUGGCACAUUUAUAUAGCAUAUGUAGCCUACUGAAUAUUUGUUAAUAAUUUACAUGAAUUAUUUGGAAAGUGAUAAAAAACGAAAAAUAAAAUUUAUUUUUAAUUUACAAAUUGUAAUCAUGUAAUAGUUACAUUUUCAAAAUGUACAAUUUGAAUUAAAUAUC